CUGUAUGUUAAGAUUGGAGGUAUUUACAGUAAUAUAUCAGUUCAGUGAGUAUUGCAACAAACUUCUGUUGCAUGAAAGACCUCUGGAUCACCUAAACAUGCUUGACUUUGAGUAUGAUUGCACCAUCAUGAACAGUUUACAUGUUUUAUAUCCAUGUGGUAUUUCCAGGCCAGUUAAUACAUUGUUCAACAAGAGGUACUUUCUGCAGCUCCCUUAUGAGAUAUGUAAAAAAAGAAGAAGCUCUCGAGUCUAUGUGCCGUAUCCAGAUCCACCAAGCUACUCUGAUGGAUAUGUCUGGCCCUUGUACUUGAAAAACAGAAAAGUGAUAAAAGAAACUGUAAAGGACAUUGGUAGUGUAAUAUUUUAACACUUAAUAAGCACAGUACCUUAAAUCACUUCUAUUGUGGUGGAUUGUGUGAGUGAGGCACUUUAUACAGUGUUUCUGGAUGGCACACAGAAGAGCGAGACUUUGCUCUCAACUG